AAUGGAGGUCCCGGAACCAUUAAGAAGAUCUGCUUCGAUGAAGGCAGCCCAUUCAACUACAUAAAGCAAAAGGUUGAAGAGAUUGACCAAGCAAACUUUUCAUAUCGCUACAGUGUGAUUGAAGGCGAUGCUUUGUCCGACAAACUGGAGAAAAUCAAUUACGAGAUCAAGAUAGUGGCAUCCCCUGAUGGAGGAUCUAUCUUGAAGAGCAUCAGCAAGUACCACACCAUAGGAGACCAUGAACUCAAGGACGAGCAGAUUAAGGCUGGAAAAGAGAAGGCCUCAGGACUUUUCAAAGCUGUUGAGGGCUACCUCUUGGCACACCCUAAUGAGUAUUAAUUAAGGCUAAUUGUGUGGUGGUUAUAUUAAUUUGCUUAUUUCCGCCAUCACGUGUUAAGGUUGUGGCUAUCAAUUUGUUUUGUGCGUAGUCAAAUUGUUUUGGCUUGCUAAUAAAGGAGUUUGCGGCUCAUGAGAUUGUAAGGUGGUUUUGUAAGUUUUUCUACUUGAAAGAGAAACGUGAAUGUAUGUUGUAAUAACU